GGAGUGGGUUGGUUUGUUAUACGGGAAUUCUCGCUGCUAUCUCUGUCAGGUCCUCAAAACCACAAGGCACAAGUUCAGAGAAGAAGAGCUCAUUCUGAGCCCAACAGUGGAAUAAAGGACAGACAGAGGACAGAGUCAGAGGAGAAAGGAAGGGGAUAGAUUAAGGGGAGAAGGGUGCCUAGGGGUGAGUGUGGCUCACCCUCCCGAUCAGCUGUCACCUCCAUCCCACGUGGGUUCUGCUUUCUUAAUUCCCCUCACAGCCGCUGUUGCUGCUGCUGCCGCUGGCAAGCUCUGUCUCGGAUGGAGGAGGUGCGAGGAGACGGGGCUAUGGAGCAGAGGGAGCGUGCCGACCAGCUGUCUGAGGCGGAGACGGGCAUGAUCCAAGACACAUGGGCACGCGUCUACGAGAACUGUGAGGAUGUGGGAGUCGCUAUCCUCAUCAGGUUUUUUGUGAACUUCCCCUCAGCCAAGCAGUACUUCAGCCAGUUCCAGGACAUGGAAGACAUGGAGGAGAUGGAGCGGAGCACUCAGCUCCGGAAGCACGCCCAGCGAGUUAUGAAUGCCCUCAACACCGUGGUGGAGAACCUCCACGAUCCAGACAAGGUGGCCUCCAUCCUCAACCUGGUGGGCAAGGCACACGCCAUAAAACACAAGGUGGAGCCCAUGUACUUCAAGAUCCUCAGCGGCGUGAUUCUGGAGAUUCUGUCUGAGGACUGCCCCGAGUCCUUCACCCCGGACGUGCGGAGAGCCUGGACCAAGCUGAUGGGCCUGGUGUACUGGCAUGUGACCGGGGCCUACACUGAGUCCGGCUGGGUGCAGCUCUCCAGCUCUGCCGUGUGACUGGGUAAACGGGUCUUGCUGCACCCCCAUGUGGCCGUCCUUGACCAACACUGCUGAUUUGUUUUAAAGCCUACGGGCGUCUUUCUGGUGCCCGUCUGCAAAGGGGCCAGACUGGGUGGGAGUGUGUAGGGCCAGGCAGAGAGGAGAGUCUGGAAAUUGUCUGGAAAUAGUGUAUAAAAAAAUGCCAACCGCUUUCGAGGGCCUUUUCCUGCUCUGGCACCUUCACUUGUAAAUGUAACUGCCAAGUUGUCAUCCGUGUCGUCUCAGAUCUGUGAGUGUGUUAAUAGGAUUACCCUCCUUAGAGAUUCACUGGUAUCCACCUGGACCCUCGAUUUUAUGCCCCGGGGGUGUGGAUUCCCUCCCCCCCUCAUGGCUCUCCUGCUUCGUCAGUCUGCACGCGCUUGUGAUUUCCUUUCACACUCCAGAAAUAUAUGCACACAUACACACACCCAGAAAAAAUGGCAUAUGGGAUAAUACAAUAUGGCGCGUUACCGUGACAAUGCACCACUUCACAGCAUGUGCAUAGCUCGGUCCGCACAGACGACACUGGAAGGUCACUGGAAACAUAUCAGACCUUCUCCACGCAUGCAUUUGUUUGUCCCUUUCAUAAGUAAACACAUUCCCGUGUCUUUAGAAGGCACUAGUUUAACUCCGUUUGUUUCAUAACACGUGGUGUUGGAAAAAAAAAAAAUACAUCGAUUGAGACAGAACUAAGAGAAUAAUUCAAAUUUGCUCCUGCUGCGGUUUCCCCAAACAGGCUGUCAGACUAAACAGAGUGGACUGCAGAGGCUGAAAAGAGCCAGUCUCUGCUGAUCCCGACAGGACCCUCUCAUCCUGUCAGGAGCUGGUCCCGCGUGGCUGUUCCACACAUCCCUGUUCUCCUUCAUAUCGUCAUUUAGCACUAACGAGGACUUCAUGAGUCCCCGUGGUCGUCCGUCCGUCCACCAGUGUCUCCCCGCUGGCCGUGCAUGAGAUACAGAUGCUUUGCCAUUUGUUUGUGUCUCCCCAUUCUGAUCUGAUAUUACUGGGAGUGCUGAGGGAGCAGGGGGGAUUUGAACGUAAUUUGUCCAUCUCCUCCACAAAGUAAUAAAUAAAUGCCCUGAAGCUAAAGGACAGCAAUUUAUUUUUUAUUCCGCUUUAUUUUUAUCGGCACCAGUGCGAACAUUGCACACAAUUGCCGUACAGACACGGUGAAGUUAACCCGCUUCCCAGUUUGGGUACUCCUUAAACUACGACUGUUGUUUACAAAAUCAGUCCCCAUCUGUCAUUGGCCAAGCAUCAAGUGGGCUCCGCCCUCAUUCUAAGGCCCAUCCUAUUUUUUCCCGAUUUCCUCUUUAUACAACUUUUAUAGCAAAGCGAUGUUUAUACUCUAGCUGUUUCUGACUGUUUCAACAAAUUGUUUAUUGAGCACUGCGGUGGGCAGUUAAUAUUCCCAAAAUGGCGAUGUACUGUUCUUUCUUCAAAGCGUAAGUCCUGUCACGUGAUGCUUCUGGUACAGUGCCCCGCUCACCUGUCGACAGAGACGCCCACGCUGCCAUUUACAGCUGCGCAGAUAGAAAGCACCCAUCCUCCCCUCCGCCAUGUAUUUCGGGAAGCCAGCUUGAGUUCUGCACAUCAAAGGGAGCGGAGGACAAGAGAGAGAAAACCGGCGGGUCGGCGUUGCCGCCUGUCACCUAGCAUCCACCCGCUCGCGAACACUGGGAUCCCCGUCUGGCGGGAAUCUUGCUUCCUUAUGAGUGUCUUUAAAGUGGGGGUGAACCUUACACUAGUGGGGGGCAGGGGGGGAUGGUCGCGUUAUGAUUUUCAGAAUAUGUUCAGAAAAUGUAAAAAACAUGAGAAAUAAGAAAUGUUCAGCGUUAACUGUAUGUCAACCACUAUUGUUCAAUGCUACCCCUCCCCCCACUGGCAAAAUCUACUGAGGGACACCCCCCCCCUGAACACACACACACACAAAAUGAGGUCAUGGGUUGAAAGGUUUGGGAAGUCACAUGUCUUCAAGCUGGGGUAACUCGCAGAUUACACACAAAUUAUACACUCGCUAGCUGUUAUCAUUCAACGUCUGUCGGCAGGAAAUGUUCUCUAGACGUGUAUGUUUUUACCCAGAUCAUCAUUGUGGAUUGUUAUUUUAAAGUCUGGACUCUAUAUAUUUUUUAAAUAUACAAAAAAUACAGGUUAUCAAUAUGUGCUAUAUAUAAUAAGAUUAUACUCUGAUUCUGAUAUAUAUAUAUAAAUCUAUGGUAUAUACAAAUUAUUGUACAUUGCUGGUGGAGGACAAUGUCAGUUUUGUGCCGUAAUAGCAUGUUUUCAUGAUCUAAGACAGACUUAUACCUUAGCAAACCUGUCACAAAUAAUCAUGACUAAUAAACAUGUACUCUGA